GGCGGAGGGGCCCCGCGCGCGGCUCCCGCCCCCGGUCCGGCGGCUCCACCCGGCGACCCGCGGCCGCUCCGGCCAUGGCCCCCCGGCGCCCCGCCCGCCCCGGGCUCGCCGUCACCGGCUGCUGGCUCCUCACCGUUGUGCUCCCCCUCUGCGUGGCCUUCAACGUGGACGUGAAGAAUUCGCUGACCUUCAGCGGCCCCGUGGAGGACCUGUUCGGCUACACCGUGCAGCAGUACGAAAACGAGGAGGGCAAAUGGGUGCUCAUCGGCUCCCCGCUGGUUGGCCAGCCCAAGAACAGGACGGGCGACGUCUACAAGUGUCCCGUGGGGAGGGGAGAGGCACUGCCCUGCAUAAAGUUGGAUCUUCCAGUCAACACAUCGAUUCCCAACGUCACGGAGGUGAAGGAGAACAUGACCUUCGGAGCCACGUUAGUCACCAACCCGAAGGGGGGCUUCCUGGCAUGCGGGCCCCUCUACGCCUACCGAUGUGGCCACCUGCACUACACGACCGGCAUCUGCUCUGACGUCAGCCCCGCGUUCCAGGUGGUGAACUCCAUCGCCCCCGUGCAAGAGUGCGGCACGCAGCUGGACAUCGUCAUCGUGCUGGACGGCUCCAACAGCAUCUACCCCUGGGACAGCGUCACCGCCUUCCUCAACAACCUGCUGGAGCGCAUGGACAUCGGCCCCAAGCAGACGCAGGUCGGGAUCGUGCAGUACGGAGAGAACGUGACCCACGAGUUCAACCUCAACACCUACUCCUCCACGGAGGACGUGCUCCUCGCUGCCAACAAAAUCGUCCAGAGAGGCGGCCGCCAGACUAUGACCGCCCUCGGGAUCGACACAGCCAGGAAGGAGGCUUUCAUGGAGGCCCGGGGCGCCCGCAGGGGCGUCAAGAAAGUCAUGGUGAUCGUGACGGACGGGGAGUCCCACGACAACCACCGGCUGCCCCAGGUCAUCCAGGACUGCGAGGGGGACGGCAUCCAGCGGUUCUCCAUCGCGAUCCUCGGCAGCUACAACCGCGGGAACCUGAGCACCGAGAAGUUCGUGGAGGAGAUCAGGUCCAUUGCCAGCGCGCCCACCGAGAAGCACUUCUUCAACGUGUCGGACGAGCUGGCCCUGGUCACCAUCGUGGAGGCGCUGGGAGAGAGGAUCUUCGCCCUGGAAGCCACCGCCGACCAGGCCGCGGCCUCCUUUGAGAUGGAAAUGUCGCAGACCGGCUUCAGCGCGCACUACUCCCAGGACUGGGUCAUGCUCGGAGCCGUCGGCGCCUACGACUGGAACGGGACGGUCGUCAUGCAGAAGGGGAAUCAGAUCAUCAUCCCCCAAAACACCACCUUCAAUGUGAAGUCUUCCAAAAAGAAUGAGCCCCUGGCCUCCUACUUAGGCUAUGCGGUGAACUCGGCCACCGUCCCUGGGGGAGACGUGCUGUACAUCGCGGGCCAGCCCCGCUACAACCACACCGGGCAGGUCAUCGUCUACAGGAUGGAGGGCGGGGACGUCAGGAUCCUGCAGGCGCUCCGGGGAGAGCAGAUCGGCUCCUACUUCGGCAGCGUGUUGACCACCGUGGACGUCGACAAAGAUUCCCACACGGACCUGCUCCUGGUCGGGGCGCCCAUGUUCAUGGGGGCCGAGAAGGAGGAGCAGGGGAAGGUGUACGUGUACGCCCUGAACCAGACGAGGUUUGAGUAUCAGAUGAGCCUGGAGCCCGUGGCGCAGACCUGCUGCUCGUCCCUGAAGCACGCCGCGUGCACCAAGAAGAACAAGAAUGAGCCGUGCGGGGCCCGCUUCGGCACGGCCAUCGCGGCCGUGAGGGACCUCAACCUGGACGGCUUCAACGACGUGGUGAUCGGGGCGCCCCUGGAGGACGACCACGGGGGCGCCGUGUACAUCUUCCACGGGCGCGGCCGGUCGCUGCGGAAGCAGCACGCGCAGCGCAUCCCGUCCGGUGGAGACGGCCAGACCCUGAAGUUCUUCGGCCAGUCCAUCCACGGGGAGAUGGACCUGAACGGCGACGGCCUCACCGACGUGACCAUCGGCGGCCUGGGCGGCGCCGCCCUCUUCUGGGCCCGAGAUGUGGCUGUGGUUAAAGUGACCAUGAACUUUGAACCGAAUAAAGUGAAUAUUCAGAAGAAGAACUGCCGCAUGGAGGGGAAGGAAACCGUGUGCAUCAACGCGACCGUGUGCUUCCAUGUGAAACUGAAGUCCAAGGAAGACGCGGUCUACGAGGCUGACCUGCAGUACCGCGUCACCCUGGACUCGCUGAGGCAGAUCUCACGCAGUUUCUUCUCCGGGACCCAGGAGAGGAGGGCCCAGAGGAAUAUCACCGUGCGCGAGUCAAAGUGCGCCCAGCACUUCUUCUACAUGUUGGACAAGCAUGACUUUCGGGACUCUGUGAGAAUAACCCUGGACUUCAAUCUUUCCGAUCCGGAAAACGGGCCCAUUCUUGAUGAUUCUCUGCCAAACUCAGUACAUGAAUCUAUCCCCUUCGCCAAGGACUGUGGGAACAAGGACAAGUGCAUCUCGGACGUCGCCCUGGACGUGUCCACGCUGGAGAAGGACCUGCUGAUUGUCCGGUCCCACAACGACAAGUUCAACAUCAGCCUCACCGUCAGAAACAAAGGGGACAGUGCCUACAACACCAGGACCAUGGUGCACUACUCCCCAAACCUGGUUUUCUCGGGGAUCGAGGCGAUCCAAAAAGACAGCUGUGAGUCCAACCAUAACCUCACGUGUAAGGUGGGCUACCCUUUCCUGCGGAGAGGAGAGAUGGUAACUUUCAAAAUAUUGUUUCAAUUUAACACGACCUAUCUCAUGGAGAAUGUGACCAUCCACUUAAGUGCAACAAGUGACAGCGAGGAGCCUCCGGAAACCCUCUCCGACAACGAGGCCAGCGUCGCUAUCCCCGUCAAGUAUGAAGCUGGGCUCCAGUUCUCCAGCUCUGCCAGUGAAUACCACAUUUCAAUCACGGCCAACGAGACUGUCCCUGAAGUGAUCAAUUCCACUGAGGACAUUGGGAAUGAAAUUAAUAUCUUCUACUUGGUCAGGAAAAGCGGGCACUUCCCGAUGCCAGAGCUCAGGCUGUCCGUGUCCUUCCCCAACCUGACGGCGGACGGCUUUCCUGUGCUGUACCCACGCCGGUGGGCCUCGUCCGACAACGCGAACUGCCGGCCCAGGGACCUCCAGGACCCUCUCGGCAUCAGCGCAGGGAAGAAGACGGUCACGCUCACGUCGGAAGAUUUCAAGCGAGGCGCGAUGCUGGACUGCAGCACCUGCAGACUCGCCACCAUCUCCUGCAGCCUGGCUCCCUCUGACGUGACCCAGGUCAACGUGUCGCUGGUCCUGUGGAAGCCCACAUUCCUAAAGAUGAGUUUUUCCAGCUUGAAUCUCACCGUCAGGGCGGAGCUUCGGAGUGAAAAUGCGUCGCUGGUGCUCAGCCCCAGCAACCAGCAGAGAGAGCUCGCGAUCCAGGUGUCCAAGGACGGGCUGCCGGGCCGCGUGCCGCUGUGGGUCAUCCUGCUGAGCGCCUUCGCCGGCCUGCUGCUGCUGCUGCUGCUCAUCCUGGGCCUGUGGAAGAUUGGAUUCUUCAAAAGACCGCUAAAGAAGAAAAUGGAGAAAUGAAAUAUUUUACAAGAGAAAAAAUAAUUAUUCAAUGAUCUUUCCUCAGGUUUGCCUCAAAUAUGUGACAAGAAAUUUAUAAAUAUAAUUAAAGACAGUCACAUAAAUUUAUAUAAUCCAUCAGGGUUAAUCACUUGGAAAAUGAAGAGAUCAAGCAAGAUCCAAAAGCAAUACCAUAUAUAUAUAUAUAUUUUAUAAAAUGAUAAAAAUAUUUUUAAAUAAUUACUCAUUUUUGUUGAGUAUUUAAGCAGACAGUGUUUUGAAGAUGAAGAGUAACCUGUAGAAAUAUGUUUAUAUAUGAAAUCACCAAAGUAUUUAAGAAAUGCAUAGAAAGAUUUUUAUGAUCAUUGAAACAUUUACGUUCAGAACAUUAUAAGUUAAGCUCUUUUUUAUUGAUGCCUCCUCAAUAUGCAUCAGCAUGAAAGCCAGCCUUUGUAAAUGCUGAGGAAGAAAUUAACCGAAGAAGGUGACGCCCCCGAUCCAAGUGGUGGACAUUUCCCGGGUGGAGGCGAUCGUGGACCGAACGGAAUUAAACUGCCGAGAAUCGUGCGUUCCGCAGCUUUGUCUUGACUCAGUCCUCGGGAGGCUCCCUUCCCGAAGUGUUUGGACACUCGUGCGAUUGCACUGGGACUCCGUCCGUGGAUGGGAAAUCGAGGAAGGCUUGUUUAACAGCCAGCGCACUGACGGCUCCGUAAGCUUUGACACAACAUGCCUCAUCCUGACCUUGAGCUCGAAGCUCACAUCCUGUCCUACUGAGACCAACAAACAAAAUCCCCGAGAGCAGCUUCGUGUCCCGGCAGCGACUCCUCGUGACAGGCCGCGUCGUGCGUGGGACCCGCUGACGUGGACUCUGAGUGGGACGUCGCAGCGGGAACGGCCCCUGAGGACGGGAGAGCCCCCAGGGGAGCCGACAGAGCAGCAGCUCCCCGGCCCGGUCCGGCCGCCCAGCCCCCGGCAUGGGUGGGGUGGGGUGGGGUGGGGGGCGCUGGCCUUCGUUUCUGGAGGCGAUUUGCCGUCCAAGCCUCGGACCCCGCGGAAGGGGCCUCCCUCCGCCUUGCAUGUCACCAGGAGGCCAGGCUUCUGAGCGCGGCCCGAGCAGCACCCACGACUCCAGAAACGCCUUUCGAGGGACCUCGGGUUUGACCCCUCACCCACGGAAAGAUGCCACCCGCGGGGGGUGUGGUGGCUCCGGAGGCAGCGUCACGGCGGGGCUCACGCGGCCUGAGCUCCGGCUGCUGCGUGUCCGGGCAACUGGCGACGCGGGCACAGCGGCCCAGGGGGACCCCGCACUGGAGCUGUGCUGGGGCCUCUGCAGCGACCCCCUCUUCCCUCCGACCGGCCGGCACCAGGCCGCACCUGCCGCCAUCAGAAGGCCCUGGCUCCGCUUCGCUCCAAAUCAGGGAAGGCGUGACAGGCCCUGGGUUCAUUUUUUAUUUUUAAAUAUGUUCUUACUGAUUUCAGAGAGGAAGGCAGCGGGAGAGAGAGAGAGACAUCAGUGAUGAGAGAAUCACUGACCGGCCGCCUCCUGCACGCCCUGCACCGGGGUCCAGCCCGCACCCCGGGCCUGUGCCCUGCCCGGGAAUCAAACCCCGACCUCCGGGUCCAUAGGUUGACCCUCAACCACGGAGCCACGCUGGCUGGGCCCUGGCUUUCAUUUUUUAAAACUGAUUUCUGUGGAAUUACCUGAGGACUCGGGGUCAGCGGCCCCAUGGACCUCUGCGAUCCUGUGGUCAAGGUCAAAGCCAGGCCUCCAGGGAGAGGCAAGGUCAUCACAGCCGGGAGAAAGGCUAGGUCUCUCCUGAGCUGGCCUCCACCCGCCGCCUGUGGCUGCAGAGCUGUCCACUUAGGAGUUUCCUCCACCCCCACCCCCACCUCCAGGUAUCAAAACCCUUCUCCCUCCCAACACGACUUCCUUUGCUGAGCCAAGCUCGGCCUCUGACUCAGAGUCACCGGCGCACAGUCCUGCGCGCAGCGCCGCCCUGGGCUCAGGCAUCCUCAGAUAAGCCGGCGGGGAAGGUGGCAUUCACACGGCCCCUGAGCCGGGGGUGCGCACUUAGACCACACGCUCUGCACGCAAAGGGAGUGGAGAGGAUGGCCUGGGACUCCUGAGAGAGAGAGGAAGGGCUGCUGGCCCGUCACUCACAUGUCACUUCUGGGUUUUAAGUAGAAUAUUUAAUGAACCUGAUGCCCCAUUUCCCAAAUAUAAUCCUUUGUUGAGGUUUAUGUGUGUCUCUGUGUGUACGCGUGUUUGUGUGUAUGAAUACACACGCACAGGCACAGAGUCCAUACAAGAUACCUCACUAGCAAGCACCAAGUGGCAGUUUACAGAAAAGAAACACAGAAAAGCCACACCAAAAAGAAAGGCUUGCUUCAUUUUCGUUAGCGUGUAACGUGAGCAUCCAGUUCUGCAACUAAAAAUAAGGCCACGGGUCUCCCUCCCAAGUACCUCCUAAAAACAUCCUAGCACAGCCCGUGAUUCAGAAAUAGACUCAACUUUAUCAUUUAAUUUUAAGCUAUUUACUAGGAAAAGUAGGUGGAACUUAUGCCUGUUUAUUAAGUUAUUAGCUACGUUCAAUUGCGGGAUACUUCCUUUUUGAGUUGAUUCUUGCUUACCCUGUGAAAUGAACUGUGACGUCCCUUUCUUGGCCCAGCCAUGGUGUGUUGGUAAAUUCUUUAACUCUCUCUCCAAAGGGAAAAACUUUUGCAUUUUUGUCCCAUUUCCGUGCUCUGAAUAGUCCCGCCGUGGCCACUUUCCACUCCCAACAGGACCCUCACCGGCUUGCAAAAUCCCCGGAAAUGUCUGCCGGCCCCUUCUUGAGGCGAAUGACCAUGAUGGACAGACAGGCAGAUAGAUAUGGAGAUUUAACACGUUGUACAUACCCACAUAGGCAAACACAGUAAUUAUAGCUCAAACGAUGCUUAACCUACUGAUCUCAAGCCCAGCAGACACAGUGCUCAGUUCCCCACGCUUCCAUGUCAGGGUCUGAACAUUAACCAAAUGCCCUGGCCUUGCGGGGGAGAGGGGGCGGCUGGAAGCCAGGCGGCGUGAGUGGACGUGAGGCCAGCUCCACGCCCUCAGCGCAGCUCUCCUGCCUCCGCCGAGCGGGGGCGGCAGGGAUGGUCCUCCUUCGUCAACAUCGACCUUCUCUCCCUCAGCGUGAGCUCCAGGGAGCUGCCGGCCCUCUGUGCUCAGUUGUCUUCCCUGAGCAGGGGCUCCUGGACGAUGUAAUCUCUGAAUGUUUUCUGCUGUCAUUGUUCUUGAAAUGAAGUUGCGGACGGAGAUCUAUUUUACAAAAUGUGCUGCUCGCUCCACCCUGAGAAUUGUGCCUGUAAUGACAUUGAUGUCGACCCUCUCUCUCUCUUAUGAAACCAGCGUGUGUCAGGCUCCUUUGUAAAGCAUAGAUUCGCACCCAGAGCCAGGCCGCUGCCCAGGGCCUGGGAGACACAGGGUGGCGUCGAGGCCGUGAGCAGCGCUGCCCCUUCUCUCAGCAUCCUCGCCCCCACCCACGGGCCACCGCCUGCAGCAUGAGGAGGCCCCCAGGUCCCACUCUGCUUCACACAGGUCCUCCGUGGGAAGGUCCGCCUCGCCUGCCAUCGGCCGCCCCACAGACACGGGUGAGCGGGCAGGGCAGCCGGCGCGGAGCGCGGGGCGCCAGGGGCUGUCACGUUCUUGGUCAAAUCAGGAGGCUUCUGGCAGAUCCAUGUGGAAGACUUCAUACCCCAGGCACCUUCCUUCACCUUGAGGUUCCGAGGCCCCGCCCUUGGUCUCCCCCCAGGGAGGUUCCAGGCCGCGGGGAGAGAGUGUCUCCAUGGGCUCUGCCGGGAAGCCCACUCCGCGAGGUGAUGGCCGAGGGGGUGGCGGACGCGGCUUCAGGCCUCGCCCCUCUGGGCGUCUCAGGACCACAAGCACCGAGCAGAGAGGGAGAGGCAGUGCGCCUUGGAGAGGGGCCGUCCUAGGGGACAGGCCACUGUGGGCUCCCGGCAGCUCUACCGUGCGGGGCUCCCUCAGCACCCAGUCCCCCCCUCACCCAGGAAAUAGCCCAGAUAACCCGGGACAUGCAGAAGGCUCUGCAAUGGCCUCACAGCGACGCUGCUUUUACUAAGAGCAGGGCUGGGAGCGGCAGACUCCCCAAGCAAACCCGCCGCAGGGGGGAGCUGGGCACCCCUUCCAGGAGGCGCUGCUCACAGUCGCUCCCAGAGAACCGAGGCCGCCCCACCUGAGCUCCUCAGGGCGGGCCCAGGGCCAGGCCACCUCGGCAGCCGGAGGAGAGAGACGGGGGCCGCUGUCCAAACUGGGAACCUGACGAACAGGUCGGCCUCGCUGAGCCGCCUGUCAACAUGGGCCUUGAGCUUAGAAAUUGCAAAGAAGAGCCUUUCAGGUCAGCCGUGAGGAAGGCAGAGGAGCUGGCGUAGGCCCUCCGGGCAGCCCUCUGUGCCCCCACACCUGGCCCGGGGGCACGGGGCCUACUGAAGAGAAGGGACCCUCUGCCCCUACAGGGGCCCCGGCUUCCCUCCUGAACCCGCUGGGUGCCUGGACCAGUCCGCACAUCACACACGCACGCACACAUCACACAUGCACAUCACACACAUACAGACAUCACACACAUCUCACAUGCACAUCACACACAGACAUCACAUACACACGCGCACAUCACACACAUACAGACAUCACACGUGUACAUCACACACACACAUCACACAUGCACAUCACACACAUCACACACAUGCGCACAUCACACAUACAGACAUCACACACACACGCGCGUGCACACGCCCACCUGGCUGAACCCUGGACAUUCCGCAGAUGUGCACGUGCCUUGGCCUUUCCCCGUCACCACUGAGCUUGGAGUCUCACUCGAGGCUCCCCUGCCUUUUCCUCCCGCGUGGGCUGGAGAAUUUCAGUCCCUGAGCCCCAGGCACGGGACCUCUGUGCUGCCCGUGGCCUCUCUCCCCGCUGCCUCCUGUCCGUGGCCCCUCUCCCCGCUGCACCCUGGAGGUGCAGAGGCCAGCCAGCCCUGUGCCCCUGCAGGCCUUGAGGGGUGACGAGCCCCUGCUGAGCCCCAGAAUCCCUCCAUUACCUGAGACGGUGGAAAUCGAGACAGUAACCGAGGGACCAGUGACACUCAGCCCAUGGAUACGUUUGACUCCAGCCUCGUCCGGGUCACACCUGCGUGAAAGCAGACUCGCGGGAACUGUCGGGGCCCAGGUGGCCGAGGCUGUACUGUGUCCCUUCAGCGGGACCUCACUCACCCUGGGGACGGACGUGAAAGGCCAGCAGCAAAGGCAGGUGUCCUCCCCAGCAGUCCUGCUGACGUCACCAGUCCUCACCCCUCUUUCAGGGCGGAGGGAGGUGGGAGGGGAGGAGGGUGACAGCUCUUCCCUCCCUCCUCGGCCAGCCAAGCAGAGGGGAGCCCCCCCCCCCCGGGAGGGAACGGGGCUCUCAGAGGGAGGGGGCAGAGCCAGGUGCCGGGCGCUGUCCCACCCCAGCACCUUGCCUCCGGGAGAGAGGAUAAAGGAGGCGGGAGGAGAGGGCGCUCUGUGACAUCCUCCUCCUCCUACAAAGACUAAACUCCCUGAGACCGCCCGUCCCUGCCCCGUCCCUGCCCCAGCGGCACAGGCGCUUCCACCCGAACGGCUGAGUCGGUCCCGCACCAGGCGCUCUGCCCGCCGCGGGGAGCUGCACACACGGGGCUCCAGUGAAACCAGCGCGGGCAGCAGCCUUAGCUCAGCCCCCUUCCCGCUGGGGCCGGUUCCCACGCUUGUCCCAACUCCCGGUGUGUUUCUGAGACGCCGCCCUGGUCAGGACGCGACACCCCGCGCCCCGUCAGCAGGCGAAGGCCGCAGGAGACGCUGUCCGUGUGCCCCUACUGUGCGCUUGUGCAGUCGCUCAGUGUGAAGAACUGAGCCCACUGUGUCAAAGGAGAAGCAUUGCAUGGAGUAACUACUGCCCCACACGUCGCGUGCACAGCAAUAAACUCUGCAUGGUCUACCACC